AUGCUGCCUUACCAGACUCUCGAGGAGGCCGCUUCGGCUCUGGGCCGAAACCUCACCUUUGCCGAGACUCUGUGGUUCAACUACUCGGCUUCCAAGUCCGAUUACGUGCUCUACCUCCACAACAUUCUCUUCCUCUUCGUCAUCUUCUCCGUCGUUCCUCUCCCUCUCGUUUUCGCCGAGGUUCUCAGAUGGGCCGGCCUCGACCGCUACAAGAUCCAGCCCAAAGUCCGAUUGCCCUUCUCUGACAUGCUCAAGUGCUACAAGGAUGUUAUGCGCAUGUUCAUUCUCGUUGUUGGCCCUCUUCAGCUCGUCUCUUACCCUUCUGUCCAGAUAAUAGGGAUUCGAACGGGAUUGCCAUUGCCUUCUGGAUGGGAGAUGCUUUGCCAAUUGUUAGUUUAUUUCUUGGUCGAAGAUUAUACCAACUACUGGAUUCACAGAUUUUUGCAUAACAAAUGGGGGUAUGAGAAAAUCCACAGAGUUCACCAUGAGUACACUGCUCCAAUUGGGUUUGCAGCGCCAUAUGCUCAUUGGGCUGAGAUUUUGAUCCUUGGCAUCCCAUCUUUUCUCGGUCCAGCAAUGGUUCCUGGCCACAUGGUCACAUUCUGGUCAUGGAUAGCACUGCGGCAGGUUGAGGCCAUUGAAACACACAGCGGUUAUGACUUCCCCUGGACUCCCACAAAAUAUAUCCCAUUUUAUGGCGGUGCUGAGUACCAUGAUUACCAUCACUAUGUUGGAGGACAAAGCCAGAGCAAUUUUGCUUCAGUGUUCACCUACUGUGAUUUCAUUUAUGGAACUGACAAGGGAUUUCGGUAUCAGAAGAAGAUCCUUAAGAAGUUGAAAGAGGAAAGUAAUGCUGUCCAAAACGGCGGCUCAUAUAAUAAUUCUACUGUAGAUCUUAAAUCUGAUUAG